ACCAACCAUUGAACUGGCGGCCGAGGAAAGCGUUCUGCGCUUUGUUAAGCAGGUAACCGCCCGUGUCAGAUUCGAUUGUAUCUUUGAUGGUCGGGCUGCUGACCUGCUCUGCAGCCUCCGUUCAGCAGCAUUGCAUUUCCAAAUGUCCCCCAGAUAUCGAUUCAGGCGAAGGGAUGCCCUCACCUUACCCGUAUGGGUCCGAGGGGGCUCUACUAUUCUGUAAGCGUGUCAUGGAGACCUUACCCUACGCAGUUCCUGACAGACAGGAUGAGUUCGCGCUUUGGGUGGACAUCUGGCAUUGGCACAAUGACGUAAAAUACGACAGGUAUCGGCCUUUGCAGCAUUUCACACGGUAUCACGCCUUCAAGGAGUGUCUCUCUAUAGCUGCAAAGCCAACCGCUAGUCUGACUAGCAUUUCACUUGGAGGCGAAAUGUUCGAUGUGCCCCAUGUCGAGCUCGUGCAACGGAAACGCCCAGACGCUAAGGUCAAUCUGUUUACGUCAAAUCUCACACGACUUGUGCUCGUUGCUGGUCCGGGACAAGGAUGCAGCCAUCCCUCAUGUAUACCCAGACGUACAGCACCUAGAGCUGCAUGCUGUAGUGUCCUCCAAUUUCGCUAAGUAUUCCAGAUAUGCACCAGCUGGUGACCCCUUUCCCAGACUGAGAAAGCUAGUAUGUAGCCCAUUCUACCCUUUCAGUAAUGAUGUACUGUUUCGUGGAAACAGAAUGACUCUGGAGAGCCUUGUGCUACCGGUGGACUAUAUGG